CAAGCUUGGCGGUUGAAGAGCAGUGUUAGCUGUGGAGAACCAGGCAAGAUGCUGGUGUUGAUGUUAACAGCAGCAGUGGCCACCAUGGUCAGGGCUCACACACUGUGCCGGGUACACACAGUGAGGACCGGGAAAGUGUUUAAGUCCAAUGUACAACUUCAAGGGGACCCACUGUUCUACGCCUUCCCCAACACAUUUGUGCUCAAGAACGCAUGCAAGGCUGACAUUUCUGUGUAUCUAGGGCAGAAAGUUUUCUUGACGAUAAACAACUUUGAGUCCAGCCUCUUGCCGCUCACCGUUCCCAAAUCAUUGGCGGUGGGGGUGCCAUCAAUCACAAGCGCCCACUUUGUCUCCGGCUCACUAGUCCUGUUUGUGAUCAGUGGAAAAGGCUACAGUUACGAUUACCAUGAGAACACCUGGCGUAAAUUGGAAGGUAUAUCAGAACCCGUCUCUCACAUUAGUGGUGACGUUUGUUGUUUCAAAGGCUCCUUUUGCCUGGAGUUAUCAAAUAACCUGUUUGCAUAUCUCCGUGGUGGCCAGAUCCCUGGGACCAACAUAUAUUUCUCUGACAACGGAGGAUUUUCAUUCCAGCUCAUGAAUACUGACAAACUGAGUCACCUGAGAGGAACACUAGGAGGCAUCUUCCACUUACAUUCCAUGUCUCAGGUGGGGGUACUCAUGGUUGAAAAUAAUUUGGGCACAUUUCAUUACAUGGAGUACCCCCUGAACCAUAGUAUGGGGAUAUCGUUUUCAUACAAGAAUCUCCUUGAAGUCAUUAUGAAACCAUACCAGAGGGGGUUUAUGGUCCUCUGGAAUCAGAAAAGUAUAUUGGUGUCCUCCAAUUCAGGCCAGAUUGUUGAACACGUGCGGCUGAUAGAUCAGAAGAUCUUUACGGACUUAGAUGUCGAACUUGCCAACAUCAGCAUCUACAGUGUUGCCUCAAAUGCUUACGAGCUGGCUUUUUUGGUAGCAGAAGAUCAUCUGUACUAUGGAAGUCAGAGUUACAUGGGAACCUAUGUAAUCAAACUGCCCCAUCAGCCUCUCUGGUCUAAACACACAAGCAUCCACUUUGAGGACAUCGGCAUACUGCAGGUCCUCACCCCUGUUGCUGACCCACACUUUGCAGCCUAUGACUUUGACAAGUGUACAGUGAAUGUGCAGUCCUCUCUCAUGGAUGAAAAGCUGGCGCUUCAACCAUGUAACGUGGAACUUCUGGAAAGCACCAUGAUCAAUACAAUGUUCACAAUAGAUAUGAAUAGCAAGCUGAAACUGUCUGCCCUCAUGAUACCCCGGAAGGGCGAGAACCCAACCCCUGUGGUCAUGGUCAGCAAUCCCCAUGCCCUGGGGUUUAAGGCAAGCCUCAAUGAGUUUGGCAAUACGUUUGACGGCAACUCUAAGUACAAACUGGAUAUUGAACUCAAACAGCAGCAUCACUGGGGCAACUCAGAUUUCAACUUCACUGCCAGCAUCAAGCGCCAUGCCAUCUCCUCCGUAACCGUGGACAUAGCUGACAAGACACUUUCGUGUGUGGACCUAAAGCCUCUGUCCACGCUCAUCUCAGUUGGCUGUGACAUGACAAAGAAAAUUGUUGUGCAAAACAAGAUCUCCGCCUGCACCAUGGGAAUCCUGAACCCCGUGCAGCUGCAGAAGAACUACACUUACACCAUUGAGAAGGAAGCAUAUGACCCCAUCAACCACAAUGGUGAAGCCCAGGAUGACCUGAUAGUAUUUUACGAGUACAAGGACCUGGGCUGCCCGCGCCUAGUCUACUACGACAAGCCGUGGAAACCUGUGGUGGAACUGUGGAAGAAUGGGAUUGUAGAAGAAAUCAUGAACGCAGAGUAUGUCAUCUCGGAGAUAAAUGGACUAGCCACCUAUUCAUACUCCUUGACAGCUGCCACUGCAAACUGCCGGUCACAGCCCCAGAACUGGAGCACCUUUGAAUCGGAUAUUGAGAAGGAAGAACCUUUCCUCUGGAACAGAGAGAACUAUGUCAGCUGCCAUGAAGACAACAAGGACAACCCCCUGCUGUGGCCGAAUGUCGAGUAUCAGGUCUUAGGUGGCCGGACAAACAACAGGGUUAUUUUUGGCCAAAGAAAUGGGAUCUAUACCUUCCAUCUGUCUGUGGUGGAUCCAUACUACAGCUACUGCAACCUGAACACCAUAUUCAGCGUGUACGUGCACGGGGCCUUACCGGUGACGAAGUUCCAACCAUCGCUCACCAUCCUCCUGAUGGUCACCACAACGCUGCUGACUGCGUGGCUGGCCUAUGCUAUCCCCAAACAGCUGAGGAGUGAGAAAGGCCAGCGACUUUUGGGUUUCUGCUACCAGAUACUCCAGUUCUGCCUAGGGGUCUGCUUCUGCACCUGGCUUCGUGGCAAACUGAGACAGUGGCUGCGCCCCAGAAGGGUGAAAGACCGGAACAGAGGCAAGAUGCGAGUUGCCCAGAAACAUCCAGAGACAUAGGGGCCACCCUAGACUCAGAGUGAGCUCCAGUGAGAGGCCUUUCCCUUCCCCUCCACUUGUGUCCAUGUUGGCUUUUGUCCCAAUAAAUUGUUAACAAUGAAGGGAUCAGGUUGAUAAGUGCCAAGGCACGCUCCAGCUUCUCACUGGGGACCACUUCUGACCACGCCCCUCUUUGUCCUGGCUCCCUUUCUCUUUCCCUUGCUCUCCUAGUGCUUGUGAGACUGUAGGGGAAGAGCUCAGAAGGAAGCCAGUUGGGGCAGGGUCCUCUAGGUCAGAAGCAUGAGUAGGGGGAAGUGAGUGUUGGGUUGGGUGACUCAUUCCAACUGUCCUUAUUGCUGAGCUGUGGAGUGAAGGCACUGGGAAAGGAUGGGACAAUAGUAAAUGGCUUACCCAGCAGGAAGUACCGAUAUCACGGCUGGGGACUUGGGCCACCUGACUGAAACUUCCCAAGAUCACCCCCCACACAGCCCAUGGUGAUGGAGCACCCUAAAUGAAGAGUCCAAGAGAAGCCUCUUGGCCUACACUGUGUUUGACAACAGGAAGAGAGGCUAGGGAUUCAUAGGGUGUCCCUGAGAACAGUAAGUCACAUGAUCUCA